GCAAAUUAACAUCCUCCCUUGCGUGUGCAAGAAAAAAAAAGAUGUUCGCUUUCGCGCACUGUGACACAUCAGGCAGGCUGUAGUUUUUCGGAGGCGGUGGUUUUCAGCGAGAGCGUCCCUCUCAUUCGACCUCCCCGUGCCUCUGGUAGCUUUUGGUUGGUAGGGUCCUUGGCAGUUACACAUGUGUGCCUGUCACCACCAGAUCGUUCAUCUCGGGAGUCCUCGCUGUCUCUUCUCUGUCCCCCUUUUUCACAUGGGCGACGGCAUCCAGCCCGUGCAUUUCAGUAUCCUUCUGCAUCUCCCUACCUUACUCUCGGCGCAUGUUAUAUUCCAGGAACAAAAAGCCCUGGGACAAUAACGCCGAAAUAACCGGAGAAAGUGCGUUGCGCGGAGACUUGUUUGUUGCCGAUUCUUUCAUCGAAGAACAGCGCUGUGUUGCGGGGAAGUUGGGGCAUCUUUCGGUGAAGUUUUUGCUACGGCUCUGGACAACGGGAUGCUGAAUGAUAUUACUCCAGGAACGGCAGCCAGUUCUUGCGUGUGUGACCCAAUCCAGGCUUUAAUGACUCUCUGCGGCCCACCUUCCUUCUUAUGUAGAGCGUGAGCCGGCGGCUGGGCGGAGCCUGCAGUGAGCCCCAGUGAGACGCGCUUUUUUGGACACAGCAUGCUGGCAACAUGGAUGUGAAGGAGCGUAGGCCCUACUGCUCGCUGACCAAGAGCAGGCGAGAGAAAGAACGCCGCUACACCAGCUCCUCAGCCGAGAGUGAGGAGUGCCGAGUGCCCACCCAGAAGUCCUACAGCUCCAGCGAGACGCUCAAGGCCUUCGACCACGACUCCUCCCGCCUCCUGUACGGGAACCGAGUGAAGGACACCAUCCACAGGGAGGCGGACGAAUACACCCAGCCAGCAGGGCAGAACUUUAACUUGAGGCAGCUGGGAAUAUGUGAGCCCGCGGCACGCCGGGGCCUGGCCUUCUGUGCCGAGAUGGGCCUCCCGCACCGCGGCUACUCGGCGGGCCCGGAGCACGACGUCGCGAACGAGGGGGUGAUGUCCCCCGAGCACGCCAUGCGCCUGUGGGGCCGGGGGGUGAAGUCCGGCCGCAACUCGUGCCUGUCGAGCCGCUCCAACUCGGCCCUCACGCUGACCGACACGGAGCACGAGAACAAGUCCGACAGCGAGAAUGGUUCUCCCAUGCCAUCCUCUCUGUCCAGUCCAUCAGUCACUGAGCAUGCACAUUCUCAACCUCCAUCACCCAAUCUCCAUGACAACCAGAGGCCGUUGCUAAGUAAUGACACCGCCCAGCCAGUUGAUGACUCUGAUUCGGAUGAGGAGUACACGGCCAGGCUGUAUUUACCUGUAACUCAGGCCGGCCAGGGUCCCACGUGUAAUGAACAGCCGUCCAAUCAACAGGGCCAGCCUGUGCUGCCGCCCGUCCCACCCCCCCACAAGCAGCAGCCCUCCGUCACCGCCCUCAAUCACAACUCGCUGACCAGUCGGAGGAACCAGAGCCCGGCCCCCCCGGCCGCCCUGCCCGCCGAGCUGCAAACCACACCCGAGUCGGUCCCGCUGCAGGACAGCUGGGUCCUGGGCAGCAAUGUGCCUCUGGAGACCAGAAAAUUAGCAAAGCAAGCAGUUCUCGAAAACGGGCAUGACAACCUAAUAGAGAUGGAUGUAUUCACACCAGCGUGCCACGAUGGGGGCUAUGGGGAAGGGCACUUCCUCUUUAAGACAGGCACUGGCACCACCCCGCUGUUCAGCACGGCGACCCCGGGAUACACCAUGGCGACCGGCGCCGUGUACUCCCCGCCCACCCGGCCGCUGCCACGCAGCUCGCUCUCCAGAAGCGCCUUCAAGUUCAAGAAGUCGUCCAAGUACUGCUCCUGGAGGUGCACGGCGCUCAGCGCGGUGGGCGUGUCCAUCCUGCUGUCCGUCCUGCUCUGCUACUGCAUAGCCAUGCACCUCUUUGGCCUCAACUGGCAGCUGCAGGAGGCGGAGAACUACACCUUUGAGAACGGGCAGGUGAAGUCUGACGCCACGCCCACCAAUGCAGUUACCUCGCUGUCGGCUGACAACGGAAAGCUGGGUGUGCUCCUGCAGGAGAACAACACCAUCGACACGGGCGAGGUGGACGUGGGCCGGCGCGCCGUGCAGGAGGUCCCGCCCGGCGUCUUCUGGCGCUCCCAGCUCUUCAUCGACCAGCCGCAGUUCCUCAAGUUCAACAUCUCCGUGCAGAAGGACGCGCUGGUGGGCGUGUACGGCAGGAAGGGCCUGCCCCCCUCGCACACGCAGUACGACUUCGUAGAGCUGCUGGACGGCAGCCGGCUCAUCGCCAAGGAGAAGCGCGGCUUGAUCGAGUCCGAGGGGGCCGGCAGGAGGGCACGGUCGGUCAACGUCCACGAGGCCGGCUUCAUCCAGUACCUGGACUCCGGCGUCUGGCACCUGGCCUUCUACAACGACGGGAAGAACGUCGAGCAGGUGUCCUACAACACCAUCGUCAUCGAUUCUGUCAUGGAGUGUCCGCACAAUUGCCAUGGAAACGGAGAGUGUCUCUCCGGGACGUGUCACUGUUUCCCCGGCUUCCUCGGACCUGACUGUUCCAGAGCCGCCUGCCCCGUGCUCUGCAGCGGGAACGGGCAGUACUCCAGGGGGCGCUGUCUCUGCUACAGCGGCUGGAAGGGGACGGAGUGCGACGUGCCGAACAGCCAGUGCAUCGACAUCCACUGCGGGGGUCACGGCAUCUGCAUCAUGGGCUCCUGCGUCUGCAACACCGGCUACAAAGGGGACAACUGUGAGGAGGUGGACUGCCUGGACCCCUCGUGCUCGUCUCACGGGGUCUGCAUCCACGGGGAGUGCCACUGCAACCCGGGCUGGGGGGGCACCAACUGCGAGAUCCUGAAGACCAUGUGCCCGGACCAGUGCUCGGGCCACGGCACCUACCAGACCGAGAGCGGCACAUGCACCUGCGACACCAACUGGACCGGGCCGGACUGCUCCGUGGAGGUGUGCUCGGUGGACUGCGGCGCCCACGGCGUGUGCAUCGGCGGGGCGUGCCGCUGCGAGGAGGGCUGGACGGGCGCGGUGUGCGACCAGAAGGCCUGCCACCCCCGCUGCACCGAGCACGGCACCUGCAAGGAGGGCAAGUGCGAAUGCAGCCAGGGCUGGACCGGGGAGCACUGCAGCAUCGCUCAUUAUCUGGAUAAGAUAGUAAAAGCAGACAAGAUAGGAUACAAAGAGGGAUGCCCUGGUCUGUGCAAUAGCAACGGGAGGUGCACCCUGGACCAGAAUGGCUGGCACUGUGUCUGCCAGUCAGGGUGGAGAGGGGCGGGGUGCGACGUCGCCAUGGAGACCCUGUGCGCGGACGGCAAGGACAACGAGGGAGAUGGGCUGGUGGACUGCAUGGACCCCGACUGCUGCCUGCAGAGCUCGUGCCAGAACCAGCCGUACUGCCGCGGGUCGCCCGACCCCGGCGACAUUAUUGGUCAGAGCCAGCAGCCCCCUCCCCAGCAGGCGGCCCGCUCCUUCUACGAGCGCGUCAGCUUCCUGGCAGGGCCCGACAGCUGCCACGUCAUCCCGCGAGACAACCCCUUCAACAAGAGCCUGGUGUCCAUCAUCCGAGGCCAGGUGCUGACAGCGGAUGGGACGCCCCUCAUCGGAGUCAACGUGUCCUUCGUGCACUACCCCGACCACGGGUACACCAUCACGCGCCAGGACGGCAUGUUUGACCUGCUGGCCAAUGGCGGGGCCUCUCUGACCCUGAGCUUUGAGCGCGCCCCGUUCCUCACGCAGCUCCGCACCGUCUGGAUCCCCUGGAAUGUGUUCUACGUGAUGGACACCCUGGUGAUGAAGAAGGAGGAGAACGACAUCCCCAGCUGCGACCUGAGCGGCUUCGUUCGGCCCAGUCCCCUCAUCGUGUCCUCCCCGCUGUCCACCUUCUACAGGUCCUCCCCCGAGGACAGCUCCAUCAUCCCCGAGACACAGGUCCUCCAGGAGGAGACUGCCAUCCCAGGAAGUGACCUCAACCUGUUGUACCUGAGCUCCCGGGCGGCCGGGUACAAGCCCAUCCUCAAGGUGACCAUGACCCAGGCCAACAUCCCCUUCAACCUCAUGAAGGUCCACCUCAUGGUGGCCGUGGUGGGCCGGCUGUUUCAGAAGUGGUUCCCCGCCUCCCCAAACCUCUCCUACACCUUCAUAUGGGACAAGACUGAUGCUUACAACCAGAAGGUGUACGGCCUGUCGGAGGCAGUGGUGUCUGUGGGGUUUGAAUAUGAAUCUUGCCUGGAUCUGAUUCUCUGGGAGAAAAGGACGGCCAUUCUGCAAGGAUAUGAGCUGGACGCGUCGAACAUGGGCGGCUGGACGCUGGAUAAGCACCACGUGUUGGACGUCCAGAACGGGAUCCUGUACAAGGGGAACGGGGAGAACCAGUUCAUCUCGCUGCAGCCGCCGGUGAUCGGCACCAUCAUGGGGAACGGCCGGCGCCGCAGCAUCUCCUGCCCCAGCUGCAAUGGCCAGGCCGAUGGCAACAAGCUGCUGGCUCCGGUGGCCCUGGCCUGCGGCAUCGACGGCAGCCUCUUCGUGGGCGACUUCAACUACGUCCGGCGCAUUUUCCCCUCGGGGAACGUCACCAGCGUCAUGGAGCUGAGAAAUAAAGAUUUCAGACAUAGCAACAACCCAGCGCACAGGUAUUACCUGGCCACCGACCCGGUCACGGGCCAGCUCUACGUCUCCGACACCAACUCCCGCAGGAUCUACCAGCCCAAAUCCCUGACGGGCGCCAAGGACCUGCUGCAGAACACAGAGGUGGUGGCCGGGACGGGCGAGCAGUGCCUGCCCUUCGACGAGGCCCGCUGCGGGGAUGGGGGCAAAGCCACUGAGGCCCUGCUCAUGGGCCCCAAAGGGAUCGCCGUUGACAAAAACGGAUUCAUUUACUUUGUGGAUGGGACAAUGAUCCGGAAGGUGGACCAGAAUGGCAUCAUUUCCACCCUGCUGGGAUCCAACGACCUCACUUCCGCCCGCCCUUUGACCUGCGACACCAGCAUGCACAUCCGUCAGGUUCGUCUGGAGUGGCCCACCGAUCUGGCCAUCAACCCCAUGGACAACUCCAUCUACGUGCUGGACAACAACGUGGUGCUGCAGAUCACGGAGAACAGGCAGGUGCGCAUCGUGGCCGGCCGGCCCAUGCACUGCCAGGUGCCCGGGAUCGAGUACGCCAUGGGCAAGCGGGCGGUGCAGACCACGCUGGAGUCGGCCAGCGCCAUCGCCGUCUCCUACAGCGGCGUGCUCUACAUCGCCGAGACGGACGAGAAGAAGAUCAACCGCGUGCGGCAGGUGUCCACGGACGGCGAGAUCGCCCACCUGGUGGGCACACCAUCGGAGUGCGACUGCAAGAACGACGCCAACUGCGACUGCUACCAGACGGGCGACGGCUACGCCAAGGACGCCAAGCUCAACGCCCCGUCCUCCCUGGUGGUGUCGCCUGACGGCACCCUCUACAUCGCCGACCUGGGCAACAUCCGCAUCCGCGCCGUCUACCGCAACAAGCCCCCGCUCAACUCCGCUAACUUCUAUGAGGUGGCCUCGCCCGCCUCUCAGGAGCUGUACGUCUUCGACGUCAACGGGACACACCAGUACACCAUGAGCCUGGUCACCGGCGACUACAAGUACAACUUCAGCUACAGCAACGAGAACGACAUCACCGCCGUGACAGACAGCAGCGGGAACACCCUCCGCAUCCGGAGGGACCCCAACCGCAUGCCCGUCCGCAUCGUCUCCCCCGACAACCAGGUGAUCUGGCUGACCAUCGGGACCAACGGAGGGCUGAAGACCCUUACCGCUCAGGGCCAGGAGCUGGUCCUUUUCACUUACCAUGGUAGCAGUGGUCUCCUGGCAACCAAGAGCAUCCAGAUUGGGUGGACCACUUUCUUUGACUACGACAGCGAGGGCCGGCUCACGAACGUGACCUUCCCCACCGGAGUGGUGACCAAUCUCCACGGCGACAUGGACAGGGCCGUUACCGUGGACAUCGAGACCUCCGGGAGGGAGGAGGACGUGAGCAUCACCACCAACCUGUCGUCCGUCGACUCCUUCUACACCCUGGUGCAAGACCAGCUGAGAAACAGCUACCAGGUGGGCUACGAUAACUCGCUGAGGGUCAUCUACGCCAACGGGAUGGACACGCACUACCAGACUGAGCCGCACAUCCUGGCUGGCGCCGCCAACCCGACUGUGGCCCGGCGGAACAUGACGCUGCCCGGCGAGAACGGCCAGAACCUGGUGGAGUGGCGUUUCCGCAAGGAGCAGACCAGGGGGAAGGUCAUCGUGUUCGGGAGGAAGCUGAGGGUGAAUGGCAGGAACCUGCUCUCGGUGGACUACGACCGGACAUUGCGGACGGAGAAGAUAUACGACGACCACCGUAAAUUCCUGCUGAAGAUCGUCUACGACAGCGCCGGCCACCCCGCCCUCUGGGUGCCCAGCAGCAAGCUAAUGUCCGUCAACCUCACCUACUCCGCCACGGGCCAGGUGACCAGCCUGCAGAGGGGGCAGACCACCGAGAGGGUGGAGUACGACAGCCAGGGCCGGGUCACCUCCAGGGUGUUCGCCGAUGGGAAGACCUGGAGCUAUACCUACCAUGAGAAGUCCAUGGUGCUGCUGCUCCACAGUCAGCGGCAGUACAUCUUUGACUACGACCUGCAGGACCGGCUGUCCGCCAUUACCAUGCCCAGCGUCGCCCGCCACACCAUGCAGACCAUCCGCUCCAUCGGCUACUACCGUAACAUCUACAACCCACCCGAGAGCAACGCCUCGGUGCUGGUGGACUACAGCGAGGACGGGCAGCUGCUGAAGGUGGCCCACCUGGGGACAGGCCGGCGGGUGCUGUACAAGUACCGCCGGCAGAACAAGCUGUCAGAGAUCCUGUAUGACAGCACGCGGGUCAGCUUCACCUACGACGAGACGGCCGGGGUGCUGAAGACAGUCAACCUGCAGAGCGAGGGCUUCAUCUGCACCAUCCGGUACCGGCAGAUCGGCCCCCUCAUCGACCGGCAGAUCUUCCGCUUCAGCGAGGACGGCAUGGUCAACGCCCGCUUCGACUACACCUACGACAACAGCUUCCGGGUCACCAGCAUGCAGGGCGUCAUCAACGAGACGCCGCUGCCCAUUGACCUCUACCAGUUCGACGACAUCUCCGGGAAGGUGGAGCAGUUUGGCAAGUUCGGCGUCAUCUACUACGACAUCAACCAGAUCAUCUCCACCGCCGUCAUGACCUACACCAAGCACUUCGACGUCCACGGCCGCAUCAAGGAGAUCCAGUACGAGAUCUUCCGCUCGCUCAUGUACUGGAUCACCAUACAGUACGACAACAUGGGCCGCGUCACCAAGAGGGAGAUCAAAAUCGGGCCCUUUGCCAACACCACCAAGUACGGCUACGAGUACGACGUGGACGGCCAGCUGCAGACCGUCUACCUGAACGAGAAGAUCAUGUGGCGGUACAACUACGACCUGAACGGUAACCUCCACCUGCUGAACCCCAGCAACAGCGCCCGGCUCACCCCGCUGCGGUACGACCUGCGCGACCGCAUCACCCGGCUGGGCGACGUGCAGUACCGCAUGGACGAGGACGGCUUUCUGCGCCAGCGGGGGGCCGAGAUCUUCGAGUACAACUCCAAGGGCCUGCUGGUGCGGGUCUACAGCAAGGGCAAUGGCUGGACCAUCCAGUACCGCUACGACGGGCUGGGGAGGAGGGUGGCGGUCCGCACCAGCCUCGGGCAGCACCUGCAGUUCUUCUACGCCGACCUGAGCUACCCGACCCGGAUCACGCACGUGUACAACCACUCCAGCUCCGAGAUCACCUCCCUCUACUACGACCUGCAGGGCCACCUCUUCGCCAUGGAGAUCAGCAGCGGGGACGAGUACUACAUCGCCUGCGACAACACGGGCACGCCGCUGGCCGUCUUCAGCAGCAAUGGCCUGCUGCUGAAGCAGGUGCAGUACACCGCCUACGGGGAGAUCUACUUCGACUCGAACCCGGACUUCCAGCUGGUGGUGGGCUUCCACGGCGGCCUGUACGACCCCCUGACCAAGCUGCUGCACUUCGGCGAGCGCGACUACGACAUCCUGGCGGGACGCUGGACCACCCCGGACAUCACCACCUGGAAAAGGGUGGGGAGAGACCCCGCCCCGUUCAACCUCUACAUGUUCAGGAACAACAACCCUGUCAGCAAGAUACAGCGGGUGGAGGAGUACGUCACAGACGUCAACACGUGGCUGGUGACGUUCGGGUUCCAUCUCCACAACGCCAUCCCUGGCUUCCCCAUCCCCAAAUUCGACCUCACAGAGCCUUCCCUGGAGCUUCGCAAGAGCCAGCUGUGGGACGACCUGCCAUCCAUCUCGGGGGUUCAGCAGGAGGUGGUCAGGCAAGCCAAGGCCUUCCUGUCCUUCGAGCGGAUGCCACAGGUGCAGCUGGGCCGGCGGCGGGCCAGCAGAGACAAGUCCUGGCUGUGGUUCUCCACGGUCAAGUCCCUCAUCGGAAAGGGGGUGAUGAUGGCCGUCAGCCAGGGGCGGGUGACCACCAAUGCCCUCAACAUCGCCAACGAGGACUGCAUCAAGGUGGCGGCCGUCCUCAACAACGCCUUCUACCUGGAGGACCUGCACUUCACCGUCGAGGGGCGGGACACGCACUACUUCAUCAAGACCAGCCUGCCGGAGAGCGACCUGGGUACCCUGCGGCUGACCAGCGGCCGCAAGUCCCUGGAGAACGGCAUCAACGUGACCGUCUCACAGUCCACCACGGUGGUGAACGGCAGGACUCGCAGGUUCGCCGACGUGGAGAUGCAGUACGGCGCCCUGGCGCUGCACGUGCGCUACGGCAUGACCCUGGACGAGGAGAAGGCCCGCGUCCUGGAGCAGGCCCGCCAGAGGGCGCUGUCGCGCGCCUGGGCCCGGGAGCAGCAGCGCGUGCGGGACGGGGAGGAGGGCGCCCGCUUGUGGACGGAGGGGGAGAAGCGGCAGCUGCUGAGCAGCGGGAAGGUGCUGGGGUACGAUGGGUACUAUGUACUCUCUGUGGAGCAAUACCCCGAGUUAGCGGACAGCGCUAACAACAUUCAGUUCCUGAGGCAGAGCGAGAUAGGAAAGAGGUAACAGACUGUUGGAGAUGUUCCCAAAAUGGGGAGGGGAAAAUGGGGGGGGAGGGAGCUGUGCUGUGUGCUGUGGCACGUGGCCUUAUUGGAGCAAACGUUUAAAAUGACCCACCGCUUUUUCGGGACCUUGACAAGGCCGUGACACAGAUUUUGUCUGUAGCUCAGCCUUGAUCGAACCGAUUGAACUCUCUCUGAGAGAAGGAGGAGCCGAGGAGACGAAUGGUUGGCUGUGAAAGCAACACGUUUUUACAAAAUGACCUUAAAAAGGUAAUUUGCUUCGUAAAAAUUUGGGUGGGGGGGAUAAAAAAAAUGGAAAAAAAGAAGAAAAAAAAAUGUGUUUACAUAUGCAUAUCACUGCACUCAGCUGGAAGAAUAUGUAUAAAGCCUAUCUGUUUUCUUACAAGAUACUGUCCAUAAUCAGAUAUUCUGUUUUCAUUCUCAAUGGUUGACCUUUACCUAUUAGAGAAGCAGCGUACUUGCGCCCUCUGUGAGACCAUGCAGCUUGGUAAUGUGCAGAUACUGGGAAUCACCGCUGUUAAUAAUACAACCGCUUCUCUUCUGCUGCAUUCUGAUAGGACAUCACCGUCUGUGACAUCUAUCAAGUGUCAAUGAAUUGUGUU